CUGCCACACCUGAAACGGGACUGUCUUUGUCAACUUUCCUACUGACAAUAUUAAUUGAAAUGUUUAAUAAUAAUUUAGAUCAAUUCUCUGAAAUUCCUAUUAAAAAUGACUCCCAGUUUACAAAGUUAUCGAGCAUGCCGUCCAGGCUAAGAACUUCUCAAUCGUCAAGAUCAUUAUGGAGGAGGAAAAUUCGUAACUUCUUCACAGUGAACCCGAACAAUCCGUUUACUAUCGAGUAUUUUAGAAGUCCAGAGGAAAUUGAACUGGAAAAACAAAGGCACUUGACUUAUUUCCCAUAUACUAUACAUCCGUUCAGUAAGUUCUGCCAGUUUUACGAACCCUUUUGUUUCUUUUUUUAUACAUUUGAAUUGAUAGUUAAAGGACUUGAGUUUGGUUUUGUAAGGACUGAUACCCAUGAGGCGUUUGAACGAAUGCCUAGUGCUCACAUCCUGGGGAUUUUUAUGGAUAUUCUCUCAAUAGGAAAUACGGUAUUGCAGUGUUUCAUUGGAUUAAAAAUUAAAGAAAAUCUAACAGUCGAACUAGCGUUAAGCAAAAUUUUGCUAAAAUAUUUCCGGACGGGGCACUUUUUUUGUGAUUUGUUCUCAUCAUUUCCACGAGUCAUGGCUUACCGCACUGUAUUUGAAGGAUUUGUAACUGUGCAUAGUUUAGCACUCUUAAAAGCUAGAAGAAUUCCGACAAUAGUUUCGUUAAGAAAAUCCACUAGUUUUAUUAUACAUGUUAAAUCUGCGACUGCUAUGAUUUUAAUUAGAUUCUGCUUAUAUACAUUUAUGAUUAUGCAUUUAAUGACCGUUAUGCACGCUGGUUUAAACCGUUUCAAAACUGAUAACCCAGGAGAAAAUAUUACUUAUCUUCAAAAAACUGCCCUUAGUAAUAUGUCGUUCGCUCAGCAGUAUUUUACAAUGUUUUUAAAAACAACUCAACAAACGUUCCAUAUCUCUAUUCCGCAUGUUAGAGGAACCAUCAUACCAUUAGAAUCAGCUUUUUGUCUUUUAAACUAUAUUGUUGGCAAGCUAUUUACCACAGUAUUUUGGAUCAUCUUACUCUAUAUACUAUUAUCCAGAAGAAAUAUUAAAACCAAAUUCGAGGAAAUCAUGACUGAGUUAAAUGAGUAUAUGUUGGCCAGGCAGUUACCACCCGAACUUAAGGCUAAAAUGAUCCAGUUCUACAAGCAUAAAUAUCAAAAAAAGUUUUAUAAUGAGCCUUUAGUCAGACGUUUGCUAACAGACACCUUAAGGAGAGAAGUUGAUGUCUACCUUUGUCAAACUUUAAUCAAAAAUGUCUCAUUAUUUGCACAAUUACCACUGGAACAUUUACAACUAAUCACUUCCUGUUUGAUCCAACAAAUGUAUUUACCGUCAGAUAUGAUAGUGCAAUCGGGAACUCCAGGGAAUUGCAUGUAUUUUAUUGAAAGUGGUACUGUCGCACUGUAUUCGCCGUCCGGAAAUGAAAUUUGCCAUUUAUAUGAUGGAGCUUAUUUUGGCGAAAUAUCUGUACUGUUGAGGGAGCAAAAAAGAACCGCAAGCGUAAUCGCUAUCGAAGUAACCAGGGUUUAUAUGUUGAAAAGACGCGAUUUCAUUAAGUGCUUCCAAAAUAGUCCGAGAAUAUUACAUGAAAUGCAAAAGGUUGCUGAAGAAAGAUUGGAGGAAACGGAUGACGCUGAGCUUAGGUUUAAGAAGAGUUUAAUAACCGAAAGUUUAGUUCUGGCAAGGCGUGGUUAUGUUUAAUGAUGAUUUUUUUUAUCUUGAUUAUAUCUUUUUUUAAUAAAAAUAAGUAUACAUGU